AAUUUUUGUCCAGCAGUAAAGACCAAGAUCAAAAACAAGCUACUCUCUUGUAACAUAGCACUACUAGCAAAUUACAAGAUUUUCAACAAAGACCAAACGAGAACCCCAUCUAAAAUUUUAAUUCCAUUUAGUUUCUAAUCAAUCUGUAAAUCUCAAUUCUCUCUCUGGAAAAAGUCAUCAUCUCUCUCUAUCUCUCUCGUCUAAAGACUAAACAUGGAUUCCUAAAUUCUUCUCCCAGGAAAUCCAUAAACCCCUCGUUUAAAACCCAGUGAUUUGAUCAUUCUCAUCAAUUCGGGUGAAACUAGAAAGGGGAAUACAUAUACAGUGAAAAAGAUCAAUUCCCUCAUUUAAACUUCCUGGGUUAAAUUUAUAUCAGAUUAUGUACAGAUCUGGAGCUGUAAUGGCUUGGAAUGUAUUCAAAUUUUGUACAGCUCUAAGGGGUCUUGGCUCAAUUAUGAUCUUGUUGGUUCUUGGAGUUGUGGGUGUUUCUUAUUAUGCUGUCGUUGUGUCUAGUUAUUUCCCAGCUUUGACCAAUGGUGGUCUUGAUUCCCUUGUUGCACUUGUUGUUUUGCUCUUGUUUCAUGCUCUGUUGGUGAUGCUAUUAUGGAGUUAUUUUUCUGUUGUUUUUACGGAUCCGGGUAGCGUGCCUCCGAAUUGGAAGCCAGUUGUGGAUGAGGAGAAUGGUGAUGCAGACUUAUUGGCAGGGUCUGAAUUCAGUCAGUUGGCAGGUGAGCCGGCAAACUCGAGGAUUCGAUAUUGUCGGAAAUGCAACCAGUUAAAACCACCUCGGUGCCAUCAUUGCUCUGUUUGUGGUAGGUGUGUACUGAAAAUGGAUCACCAUUGUGUUUGGGUUGUCAAUUGUGUCGGGGCAUUGAACUACAAGUAUUUUCUUCUUUUCCUGUUCUACACGUUUCUCGAGACCACCCUGGUAACCUUGUCAUUGCUGCCACAUUUUAUUACAUUCUUCAGUGACGGGGAGAUACCUGGAUCACCAAGCACUCUAGCAACCACUUUUCUUGCAUUCGUAUUAAAUCUAGCUUUCGCGCUGAGUGUUAUGGGAUUUUUAAUAAUGCAUAUAUCAUUGGUGGCUGGUAAUACUACAACUAUUGAGGCAUAUGAGAAGAAGACCUCUCCAAAAUGGCGCUAUGACCUCGGCCGAAAGAGAAAUUUUGAACAGGUGUUUGGAACAGACAAGGGUUAUUGGUUCAUCCCAGCUUACUCAGAAGAAGAUAUAAGAAGGAUGCCUGCCCUCCAGGGUCUUGAAUAUCCGUCAAAACCUGAAUUAGAUGGCCAAGAGUUUUAGAAAUCUUUAAUAGCCAGCCUCGUAAUGGUAGCAGCUCCAGAAACCAAAGUUUUUAUCAAGUAUCAGGUAAUUCAAAACAAAUAGUACACACAGCAUUCUGAACCAUCAAAUCCAAGAUAACAUUUUGCUAACAAAUGGAUUGUCGAAGUUUAUGAAGCAGCUAUAGAACUAGUAAAAUCACGGCAGGGUUUGGAUUGUUUGACUUCUGGGCUCCCUAUUGAUUAAUGUGUCUCUCUACCUUGUUUACUGUAAGAUAUGGUAUGCAGCAAUACGCCUACGAUCUUAUAUUUUAAGAAAAUGUAAAUUAAUAUCGGCAGCAUGUGUUAGAUGUACCCAAUUGUGAUAUUUCUCAUACAUCAAUCUCAGGAUAUAGAUGUUUCUUUAAUUCAA